AAAAACUGUAGAAAUCAACAACCUCCGUGACGUGUUGUGCAAAGGGACGUUCGCCCCGUGUUCGCAGCCAUGCACCCCAGUAGGCGGCGCAAAAAGCGCCCCAACUACGGCAUCCGUACCGUCGAGGUGCUGCGCGGCCCCAACGGGUUCGGCUUCACCAUCUCGGGCCAGCAGCCCUGCAUUCUGUCCUGCAUCGUGGCCAACUCCCCCGCGGACCACGCAGGGCUCCGGGCCGGGGACUUCCUCAUCUCCGUCAACGGGAUGUCCGUCUCGAAAAUCACGCACGACGCCGUCGUCAACCUCAUCGGCAACUGCGUGGGGCCCAUAAGGAUGACCAUCGCCGAGAACUACUACUCGGACAGCAGCGAGGAAGAGCUGGACGUGAACAGGAUGGUCAGCGCCAGGAAGCCCAAGUAUAUGCACAAACCUAGGGCGCAUCGCCUUUAUAAACAAGCGCAGAGACCAGAGUGUGAAAACGCCACCAAGAAACACGCCAACGACCUCAAACCACCCUACAACGACGAAAACACCCCCAACUUGCUCAACAUCACCAACCCUCUGCCCAUGGAGGACGAAGCAGGACCCGUGGAAUACAAAGCUCUAGUAGGCUAUUUAGGAACAAUUGAAAUGCCAAAACAACUGUUGCCAAAUUCGAGGUUGCAAACUGUGUGCAGCUGCAUCAGGAAGCUCCGUCAAGAGAAAAGGGCCCCCACGGCCGUGCUUAUGACGAUCUUCCCCACCUGCCUAACCUUAAAAAACUCCAGCAACCACAUUCUUGCCAUUUACCCAACCAACCGAGUGGUCUACAUAGGCUCCACAGCUGACAGAGAGUCCAGGUAUUUCGGGUUGGUAACAAGCGCUGUCUGUGACACUAGAAACAACGACAGCUUACAAAAACGGUUCGGAGACGUCAAUGUGUGGCACUCUGAAGAAAAAAAGUUUAACAACACUGAAAGCGAAAUCGAAGUUUCGAAUAGUUGCCAUGUUUUCAUGAUUGACCCUAAAAUCGUCGACCAUAACCUUCAUGUUAAAAAAGCCGAGAGUUUCAAAUUUAGUUGCACAAGUGAUGUCAUCUCAGGACACUGUCUGGAAUUUCCACGAAACGCUUUAUACAUUGUGAAUUUAGUACAAAACAUGUAUAAACUGCAAAGUAGUGACAACACUUACAAAAACGGUGUUGUGGAUGAGAUUCAUUUGGGACCUCUUAUAGCAAACUCGCCUCAGCCAAGUGCAUCGAGUAAUUCAGAUUCAGGAAUUGGGUUUCGGGAUGAUUGUGGCAAUAUUAGUGACAGAAUCCUGGUUGUGGAGUUUCCGGCGCAUCGAGCAUUUCCUAUUGUUACGUCGACUACCAACAAUAGACCUUCAGGUAUUGACGCGUCCAGCAUUCCUCUUGAAAGUUUAGAUUUGCCAUUGAAUAAUGAUCACUCACAAAACUACGAAUUGAAUAAUAUUAGGUGUAAAAAUAAUCUUGAUAUUAAGUUACCAAAUAAUUUAUCAAAAACUGAGGUUUAUGAACGUACUAGUAAUAUUAAGCAGAUGAAUAACUUAAAUAAUAUCAGGGCUUGCGGUUCGGUUAAUAUUAAAAACGUGUUGGAAAAAUCCGAAAAUUUAUUGUUGGCUAAACAGAACAAUAAUGCUGAAAUUUACAAUAGAUUGACAUGUAGAGCUAUGCCUGAUCGACCAGUCAGAGUGUCAAGAGGGUUAUCACCAUCCAGUCUUACAAGUUCUGAUGACAAUACUCGAACUCUUGAACUAGACACAGGCCAGGGGUACUCAGAAAGACCAGUAGAUGUUCCUGACAGCAUAAGACAGAAGUCAUAUGAAACAAUUUCAGUAUCAGAAGACAUAGAACUUAAAAGUUCAGUUGAUAAUGUCUCAGUGCACAGCUCCAAAAGUGUUGAAUUGAGUAACUUGAAGAGUGUUUUUAAAGCACCGCAUUUACCGUUCUUUGAAAAUAAAAAACUGAAAAGACAGUGUAAAAUGGUUAACAGUUGUGAUAAUUUGGACAAAUUUGAUGAGAAUAUUAUUAGUUAUAAACUAAGUCCAAAGGUGUAUGGAUUGUCAAAGCCAAAUCAUAGUUGUGAGGAAUUGAAUAAUUUGGAUUCUGUUGAAAAAUAUGGGUAUGGUAGUUUGCAAGAACUUUGUAGCUGGGAAGGUCAGAACAAAACCAUCAGAAAUAUAGCACAGAGUGAACCAGAUGUACGGAUGCAGAGGAAUGACAUGGAACAGGAUUUAGAGUGUGAGGAAAAUGGGUCGGCCAAGAGUAAUAGUUCGGAAGGACCCGCUGGUUGGGCAACAUCCUUCGAGAAACUCCUGGAGGAUCCAUUAGGACUGCAUACGUUUGCUGAGUUUCUCAAAAAGGAGUUCAGUGCCGAAAACAUUUACUUCUGGACGGCAUGCGAACGCUACCGACGACUUCCGGCUGGCCCGGAGCGCGUCGCCGAAGCCCAAAGAAUAUACCAACAGCACCUAUGCGUGGGAGCCCCCGAAGGAGUGAACGUGGAUUCGCACGGACGCCACUGCACCGAACAAUCGCUCCAAGAAGCCAGCAUCACGUUGUUCGAUCAAGCGCAGAAACAAAUCUUCAACUUGAUGAAGUUUGACAGUUAUCCGCGGUUUCUGAAGUCCACCCUCUACAAACAGUGUCUUUCUGGGGAAGCGGAGAGGCCUCUGCCGGACGCUGGGUUACUGUUACAACCACCGUCGCUCAACACGCCCACGAAAUUAAAGAAGUCGUUAAGUAAUGCGGAAGAUAGGAGAAGGAAGUCGUUGUUGCCGUGGCACAGAAAGAACAGAUCGAAGUCUAAAGAUAGGGGCGAAACUGAGUAUAUACAAAAAAGGAGUGAUAUUAUUACUAGUAAUGAGAGCGUUAAUGGGAAAAUGGGGGGCGGGAGUGAUACUCAUAGCAGUAAGUCGUCGUUGACGUCGUUGGAUUUGGCCAUUGGCUCGACGCAAGAUUCCGUCAAAGGGAAUCAAGAUGAAAUGACGGUGUCGACUGUGGCUAGAGGUCCCUUGUGUAGAGUGUUACUGAGUAACGGAAGCACGACUGUAGUACAAAUUAAAGCAUCGGAAACAAUUCAGCAGUUGGUGACGCGAUUAUUGGAUAAACGAGGAUUGGCCUAUUCGGCGUUUGAAGUAUAUACUGACAAGCAUUCAAAGGCGAUCGAUCUGAAUGAGCCUUCAAACAAACUGGCGGGUUGCGAAGUGACCGUUGAACAAAGAGUCGUCUUCAAAAUCGACCUACCAAACAAAAAAGUGAUAUCCGUGAAAUCCAAAUCGACGAAAAUAAUCGCAGACGUACUGCGACCGAUUCUACUCAGAUAUCACUAUAAUCUAGACCACGCGAAAGUAACCUUAGACGAAAACGGCCCAGUCGACAUCUUCUUGCCUAUCACCUCCAUCGACGAAAAAAGACUUAAAGUUCAGUAUUGGGAAGAAUCAAAAAACGUACCUGUAAAUCCAGUUAUUAAAGUGAGCACUGAUAAAGCGAAACUCGAUGAAAUUACCAAUCAAGUAUACGAAGAUAUUCUUCAAGAGAAAAGCGAUGCGGAUUUUCUCAAACCGAAGUCGGAUAAGGGAUCAGUAAAGAGCGAAGAUUGGGGAUCGGAACACUCCUCGGGUAUCUUCGGCCGGUUUUUACGACGCGAUUCGGGGGUUCACGAACGGAAGAAAAAGUCUUUGAUGCCGAAAUUAAAGAUGCAACCGAAUGGAACUACUGCAGAAGAUGUAACAGGAGAACAGGUGAAGAAGCCGCUGAUCGCCAAGUGGAAAACUGGCGUCAAUAAAUUGCAAGUUCCGUGCAGCGAAAGCGAUGAACUAGUGGAAGGCUUGACAAGAGCGCAAAGAUCCCGUUUAGAGGAUCAACGAGGGACAGAAAUCAACUUCGAAUUACCGGAUUUUCUAAAAGAUAAAGACACUGGUGAACAUGGCCUUAGAAAACCUCAGCGGGGUGUGGGAGAAACGAACAAUAGUCGUUUUUAUGUAGAUAGUCAAGGAGACUCAAGCCCGAAGAGACUACCAAAUUUAUCACAGUAUAAUUACGAAAAUAGGAACAUUAUCGCUAAAGAUUUUAACAAUUUGACGAACAAUAACAGUACUUUUACGAAUCAUAACCAGAAUAAAUUAAAUAAUCUGAGGAUUUAUUCUCCCAAUAAAUUUUCAUCUGAUGAAAGUUCUAAGUCAAACCAGUCUACGCCGUCAAAGUGUAGCAGUUUGGAGAAUACAGUGAUUGAAAAUAAGAGAGAAAGCCCGAAAUGUGUGGAGCCGCCUCCGUUACCACCUAAACCGAAAAUUGUUCCUAUUAAGCCACCAAAUUGGGGACAGAAUGGGUUUUAUAAACCUAAAGAAUUAACUACAAGUGAUAAAAAUAAAACGUUGUAUCUAGAACAGCCUUCGAGCAGCUUUGUUUAGAUUAAUUGUUGUAUAUUAUUGUAAAAAAUAACUUUCAUAAUUUAUUGGAAUUUUGUAUAUUAUGAUCUAAUUUAAUAUUUAAAAUAUAUUUUUUUGUAUGUUU